AUGGUAAAAAGUGCAGUUAAAGUUGUAGUGCGCACACGUCCAACAGCCAGUUUUGCAUCUAAAAAUCUUCAAAUAGACCUAGAUCAAAAAACAAUAGAAGCGUUUAUCCCUAAAGAUAACACCCAAGGCCUCAUAAACAACCAGCAAGAGCACUGGAAGUUUCAGUUUGAUGAAAUUUUGCAUAACUCCUCACAAGAAGAUGUGUAUGAUAUAUGCGGCCGAGAAGUCGUGCACAGUGUUUCUGAAGGCUAUAAUGGGACCAUUCUAGCAUACGGCCAAACUGGGGCUGGGAAAACUUAUACCAUGCUUGGAGGGCAGCAGGCUUAUAAGUUUCGAGGCGUCAUUCCUAGAGCGAUUUCUCAACUUUUCCAUGAAGUCCAGAGCAAGCCAGAAUUAAGUUAUGUGAUAAGGGUAAGUUAUGCAGAAAUUUACAAUGAGCUUAUAUAUGAUUUGAUUUCGCCAACCCCACCAUCAGACCAAAGUGGCUCAAUCAUGAUCCAAGAUGAUCCAAAAUAUGGAAUUACACUGAGAGGGCUAUCACAAAGCAUUGUAAACACUGAAGAAGAAGCAUUAAACCAGCUGUUUGAAGGUGAAACAAACCGUACUAUUGCUGCACAUCUACUUAAUAAAAACUCUACAAGAUCCCAUUGUGUCUAUACAGUCCAUUUAGAAAGCAGAAGCAGGGUGGAGUCAAGCGAAAAAGUGACCAUUUCAAAGCUGAAUUUAGUUGAUUUGGCUGGGUCAGAAAGGACUAAAAAAACAGGCUCAGAAGGACUUACACUGACUGAAGCAAAUUAUAUUAAUAAAUCUUUGAGCUAUUUGGAACAAGUAGUUAUCGCAUUGUCAGAGAGAGGCAGAGAGCAUGUCCCAUAUAGGCAGUCAAAGCUGACAUAUAUGCUAAAAGACUCAAUUGGAGGAAACUCAAAAACUCUGAUGGUCGCAAAUAUAUGGCCUGAGCCUAACCAUAUGGAAGAAACGAUUUCUACCUUAAGAUUUGCCACUCGCAUGAUGCGUGUCUCAAAUGAAGCCACAAUUAAUGUAGAACUUGACCCUGCACAACUGAUUGAAAGAUAUAAAAGAGAAAUAAGAGACCUAAAACAAGAGCUUGCAAUGCACGAUACAUUGGCAAAUCGUGGAAGAAUUGUAUAUGAGCCUUAUACUCCUGAGCAGCAAUACCAGCAGCAGCAAAUUGCAGAGAGUUUUCUUGAUGGGGACACAGAUGAGGUCGAAUUUGACAGUUUAAGGCAGGUUAGAGAACUUUUUAUCCAGAUGAGAAAUAUAUAUAGAAGAGCGUUAUCAAGGCUUGGGGCUUCAGAUUUCAAGGUGAGAGCUGAUAAAGAAGUAGACCGCUCUGGGUCUUCGCAUCCAAAAGAACCAAAAAACAUUGAAGAGUCUGAUGAAGGACUUGGAGAUGAAGAAAAUUUUGGAGGGUUCGGCUUAGGACGAGCUAAUCCUAACGCCAAACCAAUGGACACAUCUGCACUUGAGCCUCGAACUCACUUUAUGCAAGCUGAAGAAGAAGAAAUCAACAUCAACAAAUCUAUAUCAUUUGAAGAAAACAAGAAAAAAUCAUCAGGAUCUCAAAGAAAGCAGCCAAUUGACAAAAACCAAGCAUUUAUGGAGUUUAAAAACGUUGACGGAAGAGAUAUAAAUAACGCCCUAAACCAAAACAGAGAAGACCACAAAGAUAGAAAAGCAAGGCUUAAAGAAGUGGGAGCCAGGAUUAAUAGAAUUAAAUCAGAAAUAGACGAAUGCAAAGAAAAAGUAGAGCAGAUUAGGAGAAAUAAACCAAGCGAAGAAGAAGAUGUAAUUGAUGAAGAGGAGUUUGAGUAUAUAAAAAGAUUAAAAGAUUUAAAGAAAGUGUAUAGAACUGAAUAUGAUCAGAUGAAAAAUUUGAAAGAAGAAGUCAAUAUGAUUGCACAAAGCAUUGAAUUUUCGAGAGAAAGGCUGAUUAAUGAGUUUGAAACGUGGUAUGAAAGAAAAUUCGGAGGGGCUACGAUGGCACUGUCAAGAGAAAACUUUGGAACUUUGUCAGAAAUGCCAGCUAAUAUGGAAGGAAUUGAAGAAAUUGAUGAUGUAGAUCCUGAUGCACUGGCGUUUAUUAAGGCGAAGAAUAAUGUUAAAACACUCCAUAAAGCGAAGAAGGCUUUAGGAAGUACACUUAAAAAAUAA